GUCCGGAGACAAGUUUGAUCUUCUUCCUUCUUUCUGAGAACACAAACAAGGAAAAACGAGACUUCGAUUGGGAAUAUCCCACCAUUCUCGAGGGAUCAUCGUUAUACACUCGUGGUGGCGGAGUCACAGGCUCAGUGUAUGUAUGCACGAAUGAGAAGCAUAACCCCCCUCCCCCACGAGCUCAUACAAGUUACAUCCGACAACUUGACAAAAAUACGGUUUCGGUUUCCAAGGAAAUCACCAAAAUUCGAGCCCUAUCCUGCGAAUCAUGAAGCAAGAAAUCUCCUCUCGGUGAAACGAAGAAGCAGAAGGAGAAGAAGAAGGAAAUUUUCUUGGACAAGUCAGUCGGAAUGUAGACAUACAUAUAGCAGCAAGACUUGCCCUUCCUCUCUCUCUCCCAGAUCAUCAGCAUCAUCAUCAGCUUUCCAAUACAUUCACUACAACAACAAGAACAACCACCACUACUCAAAACCCAAUCAGCAAUCAUGCAAUUCUUCACCCUCGCCCUCUUCGCGACUUCACUCAACAAACAAAAAAUAUCUAACCCCCCCUCCCCCCAGCGCCCUCGCCAUCUCCCUCCCCCAGUGGGAUGCCCCCUCCAAAUCUCCCUCUCGCCUCAGCAGCAGCAGCUCUCACAAGAAGAGCAACAGCGGCAAAUCCCUCAGCAGCAAAGACUUUUCCUCUUCCUCUUCCUCUUCUCCUUCGUCGGAAGACUGCGACGGCGACGAAAACGGCUGCUACGCACACCAAUGCAGCUGCGACCUCAUCGAUCCUUCUUCGGACUCGGCUCCUCAGCAAGAUGAUCAUUUGGGUGAGGAGGCUUGUAAUUAUCUUGCUGAGAGUUAUCCGAAUUUGUACUGGAAUGUAGGAGAAGGAUGUGUGGAUUCUCACAACCGAGGAGUUUCGCCCGAGGGAAUGAGGCAGGUGUGCUCUAUGUUGGCGAAGGAGGAGUAUGGAGAGGAGUAUGAUGCUCAGGCGAACUGUGCUUAUUAG